UCUAAAGAACACGCACACAUCUGACGAGAAAAAGGUAUGCAAGAGCCCGAAGAGGUACACCUAAAAAUCCCUGCAGCACCGUAUGCGUGCCCAAAAACUGAACUGCACGUC